AUGAAAGCCUCUCUUCUCUAUUUUCUAGCAUUACCUGCCUUUGCAAUUGCGGACACUCUGAAGCAGAGACAAUCUGAUUGGACAGUCGGCCAAACAGUCCAGACAGAUAGUGGACCAGUCAGCGGUCAUGCAGCAUUGAAUGCAUCGCAAGUGUCCGAAUAUCUCGGCAUUCCAUUUGCUGUGCCUCCAGUGGGAGAUCUUCGUUUUGCUGCACCGCAGAAAUACUCUGGUAACUCGACUGUCAAUGGUACAUCCUUCGGAUUUUCUUGCCCUGCCGCCACUAUCGCGUCAGGGGUAUCGACGGCGAAUCUGGCAAGCGCAAACAUCACAGCUUCAGGGCUCAUAGUCCUGGAAGCUCUUGCACAGUUCGGUGAUAAAUUCAGCGAGGAUUGUCUGACACUGAAUGUGUGGACCAAACCACAGACUGGAGACGCUAGGAAGGCUGUCCUGCUUUGGAUCUACGGUGGUGGUUUUACCACAGGAAACAGCGACAAUCCUGCAUAUAAUGGUCAAUUCAUUGCUGAUCAGGAAGAUGUCAUUGUUGUGUCUAUCAACUACCGCCUCAAUAUUUUUGGGUUUCCGGGAAGCCCCAAUGCAACGAACAACCUAGGUCUCCUCGAUCAAAGAUUGGCUACAGAAUGGGUACGCAACAAUAUCGCCAAAUUCGGAGGCGACCCUACUCGCAUAACCCUUUUUGGACAGUCCGCAGGCGGUGCAUCCGUGGAUUAUUACUCGUAUGCGUGGACAUCAGACCCAAUUGUUGCAGGCUUUAUACCCGAGUCUGGCACCGCCCUUGGACUCGGCCAAAGAACUCCCGAGCAGAGCGCGGCCUCGUGGUACACCGUGUCCGCGAAACUCGGGUGUGGAGGUGCGUCCUCGGGUGGAGCAACUGUACUAUCAUGCAUGCGAACGAAGAACUACACCUCCAUUCUCCAAGCCUUGCCUUCUGGAGGUAUCACUGGAGGAACUGGCUUCGGCCCUACCAUCGACAACGUGGUUGUCUUCUCUGACUACCUCAACCGCUCAGCGGCAGGAAACUUCAUCAAGAGACCGAUGCUGGUAGGCAAUGCCGAUAAUGAAGCCGGGCUCUUUCGUGCAGUGGCUGCAAUCCAAGGCAAUUCUUCCAAAUUUUCAGAUGCAUAUUGGGAUUCUUUCAACCUCCUUGAUUUCGUCUGCCCUGCUGCUGCCAGAGCGAAUAUUUCCGUCGCUAACGGAGUCCCCACAUGGAGAUAUCGAUGGUUUGGGGAAUUUCCAAACACAAUCAUCACCACAGUUCCCGAUUCAGGGGCCUGGCAUGCAAGCGAGCUGCCAGUCCUCUUCAAUUACAGCCCUCCCUCGGAUCUCGGAAUCCCUGUAAGCACGCUGGAGGAGAUAGCGAUUGGUAACUAUUUUCGUGGUGCCUGGGCUACCUUCGCGAAAGAUCCAGCGAAUGGGCUCAGGACAUAUGGUGCUGGUAAUGGAACGGGGUGGCCAACCUACGUGCCGGGAGGAAAUACACUCGUACGACUGGCGUAUCAGAAUUUGACGGGGCCAAACUUGGCUCCGUCUCAGAUGUAUGACAGUACCUGCAACGCAAUGUUUGUAGUACCUCCUAGUACUUUGGUCAAUGGGAGUACCAAUGCAACGGCAACUAGAACAGCGCCGGCUGCUACUGUAACGAAAUCAGAAGGUGGGAGGGAAAAUAUUGGUCUGGGGCUGCUCGUAUUGUUUGGAGUGUUUACCAUUGCGCUGUGA